CACUUUGAUGGACUGCAGCUGCUGCUGAAAGAAAGCAAACAUUGAUUCCUCUUGUAACCAAGACCAUGGAUAAACUUGGAAAGCGUGGUUCUGGGUUUGCCAGAACUCGGAUCCCCAGACCUCAAAUUGUAUUCCAUUCCAUCCAGCCUCCUUCCCAUUCGCAGGUCUCUGGCAUUUGCAGCAGAAGUUGCCCUUGCAAAAUGAGCCAGUUUCCUCAGAAGAGUUCUAUAGAGCCCCCGUUGUCGGAGUGCAUGAAUUCCAGAGUAGAUUCUUUGGACAGCUUGUUAAUGGACAAUUUUUGGCUGGAGGUGGAGAACAUCAAACAGAGCACUGAAGCUGAGCAAGAGGAGUGCAACCUUGCAGAUGUCAAAACCCCAGAGGAGGGAGAAGCCGAAGCUGAAUGGCUACAAGAUGCAGGCCUCUCUGACCUAAUUGGGGAGGACACCUCAGAAAAUGACAACAUAGUGCUGCUCUCCACCUUGACCAAGACCCAGGCUGCAGCUGUGCAACGAAGGCUGGAUACUUACUCGCGGUCACGGCGGAAGAAGAACAAACCACCCGUGCGUGAUGUCAGAGACAUUUUUGGUGUGGUUGGCUCUGAGGAGAAGGUAGUGGAGAUGGAGGAGUCUGACAAGGAUCGGUCUCAGCACAGUGUGGAUAUUUCAAACUGCACUCAGAAACCAGAUUCAAGGGGACUCCAGGAUUUUUCUUGCAUGCUCAGAAGCCCUGGAAAAGAGGAGAUAUUCUGUACUGACAUUGCCUACUCGGAGCAAGCAGCCAUUUUGCUCAAGGGAUCAUUUCUACGGGAGCCUAGGAAGAUAAAGGAUGAGAGCACCCUGACUCAGUUUAAGAUUCCCAAGGGCAGGCUGGGAGUGACCCGGAUAGGAGACUUAUCUUCACAGGACAUGAAGAAGAUCCCCACAUUGGCCCUGAUUGAGCUGACUGCUCUCUGCGACAUCCUGGGCUUGGAGUUAAAGAGGAACAAGGCAGCCAAACAGAAGGCAAAAGAGAAUCGACUCUUUGGAGUUCCGCUCAGCACUUUGUUGGAAAAUGACCAAAAACUCAUCCCCAACACCAAGGUCCCUCUGAUUCUCCAAGCAUUGCUGUCAUGUUUGGAAAAGAAAGGGCUUGACACUGAAGGCAUCCUGAGAGUUUCUGGGUCCCAGACCAGGAUUAAGAGCCUGGAGGAAAAGCUGGAAAGUGACUUCUAUACCGGCCUGUUCCGCUGGGAUGAGGUCCGCCAGAACGAUGUGUCUGGCUUACUGAAGAGGUUCAUUCGAGAGCUGCCCACCCCUCUGUUGACAGCCGAGUAUCUACCGGCUUUCGCUGCUGUGCAAAAUAUCCCAGAUCUGAAGCAGAGAUUGCAAGCUCUCAACCUGCUUAUCCUGAUUUUGCCAGAGCCCAAUAGAAACACCCUAAAGGCUCUGCUGGAAUUUCUCAGUAAAGUGGUUGCUAGGGAGAAAAAGAACAAAAUGAAUCUCUGGAAUGUUUCCACAGUCAUCGCUCCGAAUCUCUUCAUGCAUAAAGGACUGGCGAAUAAGAUCCCAGAAGGGAAGGAGAAGCAGCUGGCAGAGGGGGCAGCCGAUGUUGUGCGGAUGAUGAUCCAUUACCAAGACUUGCUUUGGACUAUCUCCUCUUUCCUAGUAGCUCAAGUGAGAAAACUGAAUGAGAGCAGCAGCCGGAGGUACCAGUUCUACGACAAACGGAUCAAAAACUUGCUACGGAAGAUUCACACAGACAAGGACAAAGUGGAGAAGAACCAGGCAGAACCUUCCAAGACAGUGAAAGUACAGAUAUCUCUGUUACUGAAGGAUUCACUGGAGGUUCAUCUGAACAAUGGAACCAAAGCUGCUGAUGUCCUGAGGCAGUUUCAGAAACAUCUCAGUCAGAAUGGCUGGAGUAUUGUCAACAAAGUCAGCCUCAUCAAACGUAAUGGUGCUGUCGAGUCGAUGAACCUGCUCCUCUAUGAAGUAGGCGGCAAUAUAAGUGAACAUUGCCUGGAUCCAGAUACAUAUCUCUUAGACUUGUACCACAUCAACCCCCAUGCUGAAUGGAUUAUAAGGCAAAAUCCGUCCUUUCCCCGGAUGCUCUAGGGAAAACAUGAGUGAAAAUACUUUUGUUUCAAGAUUCUGGGCGGGAGCAGAAAGCUAGAACUUUUCUUAAUGAAUGUGACGUCCCAGAAUGGAGGAAAGUUGUUACUUUGGAGUGAAAUAAGCAGUGUUGAUUUGAAAUGUUUUUUACUAUUUCAGUUACAGCAGGCUGAAAAAAAGAGAGCAUGUGAGAGUUGGUAACCAAUGGAAUUCAACAUUAGGUCACAGAAUCCAGAGGGUGUGAAUACUUUUAGUAAUGCACCUGCAAGCAGAGCUGCAGAGAAAGUGGGGGAGAGACCUGUCCUGGAGCAAGAACCUGGUAGAAUGUCUCUUAAUCCUUUUGGGUUUGCAUUGUUCUUUAUUUUGACCACGUCCUCAUUUUGGAGGAGAGAGAUGGUCAAAUCAACUAGCACUAUCAACAGUCUAGUCUCCUUGUGUUGCAUGUGUU